UACCUUGCAAGGUAUAUCUAUUUUACACUUGCGCUUGUAGUACGAUAAAAGGUCUUGAUACUUUCAUACGUAAAUGGUCUGAUACACAGUUAUGCAGCAGUUAACAUUAAUGACCUUUCCAAGCCGGCUUCAAGCUUAAUGCCAGUCUGCAGUAUGUGCAUACAGAUUAUGGGUAAUGACCCAACUGCUUGACUUGUCAACAACUACUUUUCAGUUUCAAAGUGGCUUUCAGCUAAGAAGGACCUUACAUAAUUACGGGAAGAAAAUCUUUGGUGUCAUAAGUUGUUGCAAAGCCACGGAACAUUAGUAAUUAUGAUUGCUAGAAGAAUUUUUAUAGAUUGGCGUACAUCGCAAUGGAGUCACAUUCGUAGACUGAGCUCUUCACGAAUACCAGAAAUGCCAGCAUGUGAUCAUCAACCUUCUGUGUAUCAUGGUGAAGACUAUGAUGUUGUGAAAAAGGUAAAUUCCUCCCACGUUGCACCCUGUCAGGUUCCUUUCUACAAAAAACCACUCAUGAUGUACGAAGGAUUUGGUCAGUGGCUCUGGGACCACGAAGGGAAGAGAUAUCUUGAUAUGUUUGCUGGUGUAGCUACAGUGUCUAUCGGACAUUGUCACCCAAAAGUGGUAUCUGCUGCGUCGCAUCAAAUGAGAUGCCUUGGACACACGACACCCAUUUAUAUGCAGCCUCGCUUACAUGAGUACGUGAGAAAAUUGGUGGCAAAACUCCCGGAAGACUUGUCAGUUGUUUACUUAGUCAACAGCGGCUCUGAAGCAACGGAGCUGGCCUUUCUGAUGGCGCGUCUUCACACCGGUGCUCAUGAAAUCAUUUCCUUGAAAAAUUGCUAUCAUGGUGGUAGCCAAGCGGCAGCAGCCUCUACUGCGAUGUCAACCUGGAGAUAUCCCGUGCCUUCACCUGCUGGAUACAUUCAUGUCACAAACCCUGAUGUCUAUCGUGGUCCUUGGGGUGGAUCAAAGUGUCGGGACAGCCCAGUUGCACCUGGUCGGAGAAAAUGCGAAUGUGCGAAUGAACAUUGCACUGCCUCUGAUAAAUACCUUGAACAGUUAGAAGAUACUUUCAAAUUCAGUCUUCCAAACAACGGGCGAGUUGCUGCUUUCAUAGCAGAGAGUAUACAGGGUAUUGGUGGUACUGUGCAAUAUCCCAGAUCAUACUUGCGCAAAGCUUACGAUCUCAUUCAUCACCACGGCGGUAUCUGCAUUGCUGAUGAAGUGCAGACUGGAUUUGGUCGCACAGGAGGAAACUUUUGGGGAUUCGAAGGUCAUGGGGUUCAACCCGAUAUUGUAACCAUGGGAAAGGGUAUAGGAAAUGGUUUUCCUAUGGGCGCAGUUGUUACUAAACCAGAAAUUGCCAACAGUCUGAAGAAAGCUCUUCAUUUCAACACUUUUGGUGGUAAUCCAGUUGCCUGCGCCAUAGGAUCUGCAGUAUUAGAUGUCAUUGCGGAAGAAAAACUCCAAGAAAACGCGCUGCAAGUGGGGACUUAUCUAAUUGAAAGAUUGGGGGCCUUACAAUUGGAUCAUCCCUCAAUAAUUGGAGAUGUAAGGGGAAAAGGUUUAAUGAUUGGGGUUGAAUUGAUUUGCAAUCCAGAAACCAGAAAGCCGCUACCAGUGCCACAGAUGCUCGAGUUAUUUGAAAAUAUCAAAGAUAUGGGUGUGCUUGUUGGGAAAGGUGGACUUUAUGCGAAUGUAUUGAGAAUAAAACCCCCAAUGUGCAUCACUAAAGCGGACGCAGAUUUCACAGUUGAGGUCAUAAAUCGAGCAAUCGAGAAAUCUAAACUUCAACAUUGGCAAAAUAAGGAAUCUGUAUUUUGCAGCGGUAUAUGAUAAUCACACUGUUUAUGCAAAAUUAACUUAAUGGGGUUUGUGUGAUUAUUUAAUUUUUUUUAAUAAUUAUUCAUUUUAGAAACUAAUUUGUCAUGUUUUUAUUUUUUUACUGUAUCAUUUUUGAAAAAUUUUACCAGCUCGAUAUUUAGAUUAACAUUGAAAAAGACAGUAAAACAUAAGAUUAGUAACAAAAUAUUUUAUUAUUUCAUAAGCACAUAUACAUAUAAUUUGGAAAACAGUGAAAACACAAUCCACAGUUUAAUUAUCAAUUAUUAUGCCGACAAAGGCGUUUUAAAACUUUUUUUAAAUAGAUAAAUACUUUAUCGAAUUCAAUUGUGAGUGAACGUUUUGUUUCGAAUAUCUACAAUGGUAAAAAUAUUUUACUCAUACUAAAUCUGACAGUUAACAAAUCCGCUACAUGUGAUAGGUAUAUUAUUGUGUAUACAUAAAAUCCAUUGUAUAUUCCAAUUGCUUUGCAUAGUUACUGCUGGAGCGUUGCAAUUUAAAUAAUGUACAUAUUUCAUUAGUAGGAUUCAAAAGUGAUACUACAAAAGCGGAUAGACCUACAUAAUAUGUA